AUGCAGCUUUCCGUAUUUAUCACAUUCUUUGCUGUGGCCGCUGGGCUCCAGGAAGCGCGUGGAAAAGGAGGAAAUAAGACUGUUGCACUUUGCCAAACCGGGCACGGCAUUCAUAUUGACUUCUCACAGAUGACGCAACAUCAAGCACCAAGGGCAGAUGCCUUAAUAUCUGCCCAGGUAGAUAGCAUGAUGAAGGGCACGGAGACAGCCGAGUGGGAAUUGAGGGUUUACAUGUAA